UGGUUAAUAAAAAUUAUUUUCAGAAAAUCACAGAUUUUUAGUAGUAGUCUUGUAGUUUGUAGCAUGCAGAUGUCGGUAGAAACGUUACAUUUAGAGGAGGCCCCUCAAUACAAUGCCCAACAAAUGAUAAUGCUCAAAAGUAUUUUUGAGUCAUUUGAUAGCACGAACACGGGCAAUUGUCCACUGGAAAUUAUCCCAGCGAUACUUAGCACCUUAGGUGUCAAGACAGAAAAGGAAGAAUUGGACGUAAUUAUAGCGGAAAUAGAUGCCGACGGUUCCGGCCUAAUAGAUUUUGAGGAAUUUCUCGAGCUAGCACGUCGUUAUAUUGAACCAGAACCCGACUAUACAAGAUUAUCUGCCGAACUUAAGGAAGUUUUUAUGAUAUUUGAUAAGCAAAAUAAAGGAUAUUUGGAAAUAGACGAAUUCAAAAGUAUCAUAAAGGAAAUCGAGCCAGACCUGCCCGAAGAUGAAUUGGAUAAUUUUGUUAAGGAAGUAGAUGCCGAUGGCUCAGGUAAAAUUGAAUUUGAGGAAUUUCUGGAGGUUAUGGUUGGCGAAUAAUUUGUCACGGCGAUUUUAUUAUUUUUUUUUUCGUUUUUUUUUUAUUAAAUACGUAAAUAUUUUUUUUAAAUAUUAAAUUUAUGAGCAAAAUUUUAUUUUUUUUUCACUUCACACAUCACACCACAGAAAAGAGAUAUAUUUAUUUGAAACAUGUUAAAUAAUUUAUUGUAAUUGUAAAAAUUUUAUUAAUUUUAAAAUAUUUGAUAAAAAAAGAUUAAUGAUGACAAACAAACAAGCAAAAAAAAAACUAUAAGGAAAUCAUAUUUUUAUGGAUUAAAUUUUAUUUUUUAUUGCCAAGCGCAAAAAAUACCGAGACCGACACACUGUAUGACUGAAAUGUGACUACUUCCUGGCAAAAAAAAAGAAAAGAUAAUAAAGAGAGAUUUUUUGCUGAA